GGAAGUCUCGCGAGAUUCAAUGAAAUUCCAACAGCAAAUCCUGGAGUUUGCGACCCUCCUCCAUUCAGUAUUAUUAAAAAGAAAAGGUGAAGAUCGUGCCCUGGGAUGUAAUAACGAAAAUAAUAACAAAAUACAUACAAUUAAAAUCAAAACAGCAGUCGGGUCUAGUCGACAGCGCACACUCCGACCGCAGGAGGCUGUGUUAUAUUUGUCGUUAGAGGAGGAAGAUAAAUCCCGAAGAACUGAAUGAAACGAGAACAAGCAGUGCAAAUUCAAAGAGCUGGCGACUCGGGAGUAUGGGUAGACAGUCAGAAACUUCAUCACAGGGCAACUGCUAAAAUCUGGAUAUUUCCUUAUACCCUAGCUUAAUUUGAUUUUUAGAUGGGACCAGAAUUGAGUGUAGAACGCUGUGAUUUGGGGUUUUAAGGAAACAUUCCGGAUUCUUCGGAAGACCGGAGUUUUUAGGGGGUUGUUUCUUACACAGGCCGAAGACUGAGCUUUGGGCAAACCGUGAGAAAAAAAGGUAGCUUGCAAACCACAGUGGAAACUGGGGAAAGCUGUCAAUAUACGGACACGUCUGUCUACACUGCAGCGGUGAAAACGUUAUUUGGACCAUGAACCUGAUGGCUAAGCUGUUUUUUCAACUUGGAUGAACAAUACUGAAAAAAAAACAGGAAUAUCGUUUGGUUUCAUUUAUUAUUUUUCUGUACUCGCAUUUUUGGAGUGAAAAAAACCGUAAAUAAUGUCUGGAGCUAAGGAGAACACUUGCAGGAAAUUCCAGGCGAACAUUUUUAACAAAAGUAAAUGUCAGAACUGCUUCAAACCAAGAGAAUUACACCUCUUGACCGACCAGGAUUUAAACCAGGCCAAACCUAUUUAUGGAGGCUGGCUGUGUUUGGCACCUGAAGGGACAGAUUUUGACAAUCCAAUGCAGAGAUCAAGGAAAUGGCAGCGUCGAUUCUUCGUUCUGUAUGAACAUGGCUGCCUGCGCUUUGCUUUGGAUGAGUCGCCGAGCACUUUGCCACAGGGGACUGUUAACAUGAACCAGUGUACUGAUGUCAUUGACGCUGAGCCCAAAACAGGACAGAAGAAUGCUCUGUGCAUUGUGACACCUGAGCAAGAGUAUUUUAUCCGCGGAGAAAGCAAAGAGCUCAUUAAUGGGUGGCUUGAACAGCUGGUAGUUUAUCCAAGAACAAAUAAGCAGAACCAGAAGAAAAAACGCAAGGUGGAACCAACAACGUCACAGGAGCCGGGCCCAGCGAAGGUUGCUAUAACUGGCUCUGGUAUUCCAGAUGUAGAGAAGGUCCCAGAUUCCCGGUCAACCAUAUGGCAGGAAGAACUAAACACCAGUGUGGUGGAAGCCUCCCAGGUUUGGCCUUCAUCGGAUAGCGGCGCAUUCACUACAAUGCUGGCUGAAGGGGGACAUGUUCCUCUGGAUGGGACUUCUGAUCACAGCUCUGUCAAUGGGGACGAAAGGGACAGAGGUGGCAUCCCUUUCCACCUCCCACAAAGACCCGACAUGCAGAUUUUAUCCCCGACUGGUAGUUCUUCCAGCAAGCACAGCAUGGACCUCGGAGGGAUCCCUCGAUGCCAGUCCCCUGCCCAGAGCGAUCCUUUCCCUUCCGGGAGCAGCCUGCUGUCUAACGGGUCUCACAUCAGCGGCUCAAUGAGUUCACUGGAUUCAGACGCUAGUGGAAGCACGGUAACGAGUACGGAUAGCCACUGUGCUGAGAUCCGGGCACAAAGGGCCUCCACACUGCAUGACGCCCCUCGAUCAAGGAGGUAUGAGAUGGAAGCGAGGAAGGCAGAGAAACGAAGUCGAGCAAGGAGCCCGGAGAGACCUGAGGAGGACCAAGUGUUUGGAACAGAGAAAAGUCGCCCCACAGUGAUUGAGAAGUUUGAGGCUCUGGAACUGGAGAAUGCAGAGAGGAUGGAGACUGAUGAGCCCGACCUCCCAGCAGCCCGGCAGGGGAGGAGUGAAACCAGGCGAUCCCAGAGAGAGGAGCUAAAGAAAGAUACAGCAAGAGAGUUUCGUUGUUCUACCAUCCCACCACUGAGAAGAGCUAAAUCACUUGACCGCAGAACCACGGAAUCAGUAAUGACGCCAGAUUUAUUGAACUUCAAGAAAGGUUGGAUGGUUAAAUUGGAUGAGCAGGGACAGUGGAAGAAAUACUGGUUCGUUCUUACUGACCACAGUCUACGAUACUAUAAGGAUUCAAUUGCUGAGGAGGCUUCAGACCUGGAUGGUGAAAUUGAUUUAACUGCGUGCUACAAUGUCACUGAAUACCAGGUUCAAAGAAACUAUGGUUUUCAAAUUCAUACGCAUGAAGACGUGUACACGUUGUCUGCCAUGACUGCCGGAAUACGACGGAAUUGGAUCCAAGCUGUGAUGAAAAAUGUCCGCCCCUCAACUGCUCCUGAUGUUGCUAGCCUGCCAGAUGAUCAUGGUUCAUCCACCCCCUUGGACGCGCUGUUGAAACCAGAUGUGACCCAGGACUCGCCAUCUUCUGGAGCUUCAUCUGUAGAGCGAGAAGCCGGGCAGAAGAAGAGCCGCAUCCGCGAUAGGAGGAGAGAAGGGCGAUCUAAAACUUUCGAUUGGGCUGGGUUCCGGCCAAUCGCCCAGGCAUUAGCGCAGCAGCGAGCUUCCGAGACUGAGGCUUUUCAGGGCGACCUCAUGGACUCUGACCGGACGAAGCGGCGCGAGGAACGCAGGAAAAGAUACGAAAUGACAUCCAACGCACCCGAGGCUAACAAGACGGACUUUGAAAAUUGUAGCUCCUCACUGGAUAGACAGAAAGUACAAGAGGAAAUUGAACGGCACUGGCAGCAGGUUGAAAAGACCCCGAUUAGAGAAGAACGCCACGUUCUUUUAGCAACAUCGUUUCAAUCAAAAGAGACAGCAGAACUGGAACGGCUAUUGGAAAGUCAUAAGAUAGGGAUAGAAGAGCUAAAAGGGCAGUUGGAAAGUUGUCAUCAGCAGCUAGCAGAUUCGAACCAGCGUAAAAUGCAUCUGGAGGCCCAGCUGAGAACCGCUUUGGAACGUGAGCAGCAAGUCCUCUCGGGGUACAUCUCACCGCUGGAGUCCACUUUGGGUCAUGAGGCAGAACUCGAGACCCAGAAGCAGAGGCAGGAACUGCUCAGUUCUCAAGCCCAGAGCCUUACAAAGAAGUACCAAGAAACUAAAGAGCUCCUACAGCAGCAAGAAAUCAAAAAGCGCAGCCUGCAAGCUCAGCUGGGCCUCUCCCUUUCAGAGACACCUGGGAAAGAACUAUCCCCAACUGAAGAUGAGAAGCCCUUGCUGGAGGAAACAAGCAAGGACAGGGUCGAGGAGUUGUCACGAAACACUAAUGCAUUGACCAUAGUGCUGCAGGAUAGCACAGACACGCUGAAGGAAAUUGAGGGUCUCCUAAUGGGAAAUCCUGUGUCUCUAAAGCACCUUGUGAGAUUAUUAUACAGUAUAGCCCUGGUGCAUUCAGAAGAUACUAAAAAGCCAAUUUUAGAAUCCAAGCCAGAGAUUGCUGGAAAGUGCUGUCAUAAACUCUAUGACCUCUUAAAGCAACAGCACAGAGAUGAAAACGAGUCUCUAAAGCACCACCUUAUGAAAGCCGAGGAAAGGGUUAAGGAAUGUGAAGCUCGUCUGGAGGGGGUGCUGGGUAGGGAGCAGAAGCAAAAGUUAGAUUCUUUAAAGAGUUGCGCAGCUCUGAGACAGAUGGAAGAGCAUGUGGAGCUGAGCGAGGUGACAGUAAAGAGGCAAGCCCAAGAUAUUGAAAUGUUAACCAACAAUAACAAAGUCCUGCAUCAGCGCUACCAGGAAAUAAUGAACCAGCUUACAGAAGCGGAUAGGGAAAUAGAAAGACUCAAGUUAGAGUUGUUGAAUGGCCAAGGCGGGCAGCAGCAUCUGCAGGUUGUUGAAGAGCUCAACAAGACCAAAGCUAGGCUGGCAGAAAAAGGGGCAGACAAAGAGGUUUAUGAGAAAGAAUUGAAUAAGAAAUCUCAAAAGUUACAAGAAGCCGUAAUUAGGUUAGAGGUGCUGGGCAGCAGCUUGAAAGAGACUGAAAGGAAGUUACAGCUGAGGGAAGCAACUCUGCAAGGUCUGGGGUUCCAGAUGUCUGCAGAAGACGACACUCAGUUGCUUCUGGAAGAGAAAGAACAGCUUUUUCUGCAGUUGGAUGUUGCUCAGGAAAAGCUGUCAGAACAGGAGAAGCAGCUUAAAUCCGCAGAGCAGUCUUACAGGGAACUUCAGUGCCAAUACAGAGAACUAAUGUUAAAAAACAAAGAAUGUGAAACGUUCUAUGGCCAAAAGCUGUUGGAGGCCCAAAAUAUAAUGAAAAAGCUUCAGGGAGAGAUUGCCGGAGUGAGUGUAGAGGGAGGACAUGGUUCUGAAAUAAAGCAAGAAAUUUCAGAUGAAGAGAGGGUCAAGCAAGUCAUUGAAAAGAUUAAACUUGAGUCGACAGCACUUAGUAAAGUAGCAGAGGUUUUAGGUAAGGCAGAUUUUAAAAUAGAAAAAGCACUGGAUGCAUUUACAAGUCCUGUUAAGGGUAUUGGGUCCACAGUAGAUUCUUCAGUAGAAGAGAGCCCUGAAAUGUCACUUCUCAAGAAGAUAUUACUGGAAGGGGAGUUCUGGGUGAAUAUGUCAAAUGUUUCUGAUACCAGCUCUUCAGAGUUGAAAGAGAAUGAGCUGAACAGUUACUUGAGUAAAGCAUCAGAUAGUGCGUUAGUGAAAAAUAAAAUGUUAUUUUUAGCCCACAGGCUUUUCCAUCUGUCUAAUGCACGCCAGCCUCAGCUAGAGCUUGUUAAAAAUCCUGAUGGAGCUAUUGAAGAAAUUGUGAAGGAUCAAACAGAGGCUCAGAGGAUGUUAAAGUUUAAAGUCAUUGAGGAUGUUCAAAGAGAAGUGAGCACAGAAGGUAAAAAUGAGGAGGUUGUUUCUUCUUUGUACAGUUGGCUCGAUCAUGAAACAGAUCACCAAGUUAGGACAGAACUUGUACAGAAUCUGCAGAAGAAAGUUUGCCUGCUAAAUCAAAUUGUAUCUAGCAUACAGGCUUCUGCAAACAACGAGCUGAUGUCUUUGUCUUUAAAGCUUUUCGAUAGUUUGGACAGCAAAAAAGACUCAAAUGGACCAUGGCUAUCCAUUUUGCAGGAUGCAGUAACACAGGCCCAACUGUUGUACAUCACCUGCAGGUUAGACACUAAGCAUAAAAAAGAGCUUGCAAAGUUAAAAGAGGACCAAUCUGAGCAGAAAGCAACUGAAACAGACCGUAAACAGUGUGCCGAUUUAAAAAUGCAAAACAAAGAAUACAAGGCAGUGUUAGAGACCGUGAAAGACGAGGUAGCAGGGCUGGUAAGCUCAAAAGGUGAGGAGAAUGUAAUGAUGACUCAUAUUCACAUUGAGGGAGAGCCCAUUGAUUCUCUGGAUAAGGCAAUAGAAAUUCAAGACAUGGCGGCCAAGCACAAGAAGGAACUCAGAGAAGUCAAGGACGCCUACGAACUUGAGGCUGAGAAACUGAGGAAAGAGAUAGCGAAGGCAGAAGAAAUCCUGAAAUUAAAAUCAGAGGAGAACGUUAAGGAAAUCGACUCCCUUACCGUCUGUAUGGAAAACCUGACGAAGAAGCAAAAGGUGGAAAUAAUAAGACAGCAGGAAGAAUACGCAGCAGAAAGGAAGAACCUGGAAGCAAGACACACAAGGGAAAUCGAGAAGCUACAAAAUGAAUUGGUUGAGCAGGCCAAGCUAGGACUUCCUGAGGGAGACCUGCUCAUUGGAGAAGAAGGAACUACCGCUAAAGAUAAUGAGACACAUUCCACUUCACGGCUCAAAGAAAAGAUUCAUGAGCUGGAAUCUCAGAUUAGUACCAUGAGAGACGAAAUGAAGCAACGUGAACGUGAAGGAGACUUAUCGUCUAUUCAGCAGAAAUAUGAAAAAGACCUGGAAAACCUGAAGGCGACGUGUGAGCGUGGGUUUGCUGCUAUGGAGGAAUCUCAUCAGAAAGUUGUCGAGGAACUGCAGAGGAAGCAUCAGCGUGAACUGGAGAGACUGCACGAGGAGAAAGAGAGGCUGUUGAAUGAGGAGACGGCUGCCACUAUUUCUGCUAUUGAAGCAAUGAAAAAUGCACACCGAGAGGAGCUGGAGAAGGAGCUAGAUAAAGUUCGGAAAGCAAACCACGGCACAGAAAAUGCAGACAUUGAAGAAAUCCGCAGGCAGCAUGAGGAGGAGCUGGCCUCGUUCCAACGGGAGAUUGAGGUGCUGUCGGAGCAGUACUCUCAGAAGUGUCUGGAGAACGCACACCUCGCCCAGGCCUUGGAGGCGGAGAGGCAAGCCUUGAGACAGUGUCAGCGAGAAAACCAAGAGCUCAAUGCACACAAUCAGGAACUGAACAAUCGCCUGGCUGCUGAAAUAACACGGCUGAGAUCAAGGGUAACCAAUGAGGAUGGAGGAGAUACCUGUACAUUAAUACAAGGCACAGAGGUGUACGAGUUAGAGGUCAUGUUGCGGGUAAAGGAAUCGGAAGUACAAUAUCUGAAACAGGAAAUCAAUUCCCUCAAAGAUGAACUACAGGCAGCCCAACGAGACAAGAAAUACACAACAGAUAAAUAUAAAGAUAUUUACACAGAGCUGAGUAUUGUGAAAGCCAAAUCCGAAAGGGAUCUGAAUCGCUUGAAGGAGCAGUUGCAGCUGGCUCACGAGGCACUGGGGGAGCAGUCCUUAGAGAAGAUGGAAUGCAGUGGCUAUGAUAUCAUGAAGUCAAAAAGCAAUCCAGAUAUCCUGAAGAUGGCAGCAGCAGCAGCUAAACGGUCAGAGCGGACAAUGAGGUCAAAAUCUGUGAGUCAAGACAUGCCCUGGGAUAGCUAGAGCUGCCUGAUGAUUGAUACCUAGUGACUUCCUUUAGAGUCUCAAGGAAGGCCUGACUGCUGAGCAGAGACUUCACCUGUUUGACAACAAAGACACAAAAGAAUUCUAAUGUUGUUCUGUCUAUAAGCUUUGCUGCAUGUUUAGAGGGCGCUAUAUUUUAGCACAGAAUGUAAUCAUCUAGAACGCUACCCUGGUUACUACAAACGUCUUAUAUUUAACAUAAUAGGUUUUCAUGUUUUGUCUAGAAAUUGCAUUCCAUGCACUACAGUUACUGUGACUUGCGUGUCUUAGUGUGUAAAUAUUCUUUUAUUUUUUAUGAAGCAUCUAAAAUGCUACACUAAACACUACUGUAUAAGCUACCACUUAAACUCGCUCACAGAAAGAUUCCAUAUAUUACUUGUAAAUAACCAAAGGAAUGUUUGAUUUAUAAAGUGUACUAUCCCCAAGAUGUGUAACUGCUGUUCAUAAUUGAGUAUGUCAUAACACAGUAGGAAAUGUCAUUCUUUUGCUGUCGUGCCUGUAGGUUUGGUAGGUAUGCACAUCUUUUAAUGCAACAGCCCACAUUAGCCUUUCACAUGCCAAUGGAGUUGUCUGUCAGCUACAGAGCUCUACACAAGCUUAACACUUGGCUGUUUUUUAACAUCUAAACCCAGCUUGGCUUAACCUUGUUUGUUAGGCUGUUUAUCGCUAAUUCGCCGUUAGCGUCGUAUGUAAAGGUAGCAUCUCGCAAAGUAUUUUAAAAUGUUUCAUUUUAAAGAUCAAUGUAGGCAAUGGCUAGAUACCUGCGAUUACAGGGCCGCUUUUGAAAUAUUUGUCUUCUGUUAUGUAAUAAUGGUUCGCUCAGCUAUAUGGGAGUUCAAAGGUUUUAAGUUUGUUAUUUUUGUAGUGUGGGUCAGUGGCAGUUUCCUUUGUAUUUAUUUGAAUGUUUUGACUUUUUGUCUCACAUUUUGUUUUCUCUGUACUCUGUCAUUGUAAAUAUGCAACAAGUGUACACCAAUGGACUCCAGGUUUAUUAGCAAUAAAUAUUUUUGCACCAUG